UUCAAGAAAAAGUAUAAAAGUUGACGCGUGUUGUGAGAGUAGUCAGUUCGCAAAAUUGUCUUCAAGAGUUCACUUCGAAUAGAACUACACCUAAAUAAAAGAUGGUUGCUGGAGUGUUGGUCGCCUUAAUUUCGAUAGUUUCCGUUCUUAUAUAUGCUUAUUAUAAGAAAAAUGAAAGAUAUUUCAAAUUGGGAAAUCAAUUACCAGGUCCGGACUAUUUAGAAACUUUAAAACAUUAUUUAGAUACCAAAAAGCCACCUCCAGAAGUUUUCAAAGUUGCUUUAGAAGUCGCUUCGAAACAAGAAAACUUAGUAAGAAUAUGGGCUGGUCCUUAUUUAUUGGUAGGUUUAUUCAAUCCAGCUGACGUUGAACUCAUCUUAAGCAGCAACGUUCACUUGGAAAAGUCCGUUGAAUACGAAUUUUUCCAACCAUGGUUUGGAAAUGGUCUUCUAAUCAGUUACGGUGAUAUUUGGAGAAACCACAGGAAGAUGAUUGCGCCAACGUUCCAUAUGAACAUCCUUAAAUCAUUCUUUCCACAAUUUAAUGAUAUCAGCAAAAACGUUUGUCGUAAAAUGGAAAAGGAAAUUGGAAAAACCUUUGAUUGCCAUGAAUAUAUGAGUGGAGUUACAGUUGAUAUUCUUUUAGAAACUGUUAUGGGCUACAAAGAACCAAGAAGUGAAGACUCAGGAUUUGAAUAUGCAAUGGCUGUGAUGAAGAUGUGUAACAUUCUCCAUCAAAGAAGUUACAAACCAUGGCUUAGAUUCAAUUCAAUCUUCAAAAACACAAAAUUCAGCAGCGAACACGACAAAUUAUUAGGAAUCAUUCACGAUUUAACAAACAAGGCUGUAGAUAGCAGAAAGAAAGAUCACCUUCAAAAAAGAUUUGACGUUCCCGAACCAAAAUAUUCCCCGGCUUAUGAAGAAAAGAAAGAAAAACCGAAAGUAAACGGCGAAAAAAUUCAAGGAUAUAAUAACGGGACCGCUGUAAGAGACGAUUUGGAUGAAAAUGACGAAAAUGAUAUUGGUGAGAAGAAACGUUUAGCAUUUUUGGAUGCUUUAACUCAAGCAGCAAUGCAAGAAGGAAUUAAUUUCACCGAAAAAGAAGUCAGAGAUCAAGUAUCGACGAUUAUGUUCGAAGGUCACGAUACGACGGCUGCUGGUUCCAGUUUCGUUUUGUGUAUGAUGGGUGUCCAUCAGGAUAUUCAAGCUAAAGUUUUACAAGAAUUAAACGAUAUUUUCCAAGGUUCAAAUAGACCAGUUACCUUUGCCGAUACCGUCGAAAUGAAAUUAUUAGAAAGAGUUAUAAUGGAAUCCUUAAGAAUGUACCCACCAGUUCCAAUUAUCGCGAGAAAAAUCAACGAGGAAGUUAAAAUGGCUUCAGGAGAUUACAGCAUUCCAGCGGGGGCAACCGUUGUUAUUGCUCCUUAUUUGUUGCAUAGAGAUCCAAGAUCUUUCCCGAAUCCAGAUGUUUUCAACCCAGAUAAUUUCUUACCCGAAAAGUGUCAAGAACGACACUUUUACAGUUACAUUCCUUUCAGUGCUGGCCCAAGAAGUUGUGUCGGGCGUAAAUACGCUAUGUUGAAAUUGAAAGUUCUUCUAGCGACAAUUUUGAGGGAAUAUCAUAUUACUUCGCCUGUGGCUCAAAAAGAUUUCAAGUUACAAGGUGAUAUUAUCCUAAAACGUGCCGAUGGAUUUAGAAUUCAAAUCCAAAAACGCGUUAAAGCUUAACUAUGAAAGCUUUAAAAAGAAAUUUGGAAUCGUACACGGAACUUUUAUAUGAUUUUACUAACGAUUAAAAAAUAUUUUUGUUAAUUACUUUUAAUUUCUUUAUUAUUUCUUUUAUUUAGGGGUGUAUAUAUUAUUUAUUGUUAUGUGUUACUAACCCAGCAAGUUGUGCAAUAAAUUGCAUUUAAAAAUCUA